UAUUGUUAAUGUAAAACCACCGUGUUGUAAAACCACACCUCUGAAUAAGGCAACUAAAUAAAAUUUAUAAAUAUUUAUCUAGUUUUAACACUUUGUGGACUCGGACAGACUAAUAAAAUUUCUUUUAAUGACCCGAUAAGAUAAUCCAGAGUGAGAGACAAACGAUUUAAAUUGCGGCAUUAAAAACUAUGUUCCAGUUGCUUUGCGAUUGGCAGAGGAUUUGCAUUACGGCAGUUUAAAAUUUAAGGAAAAAACAUAAAUAACAAAUAAAUAUUUAAUAGCCUAAGUUGGGUUAAAAAAUAUUUCAUUUCGGAAAGUUUAAGUAAGAGGAAUUCUGAGUGCAUUCGAUAUCACUAGUCUAGUCUUGCCCUCAUAUAUUCCUCAUUUUAUUUAAAUAGUAUGUGCUCACCGGUGUCCUCCUUCUUUUGUUCUCCAAAUCGUGGAAUAUCGUCUCCGCUGCCUGCAAUUCAUGUUCUGUCAUGACCAAUUUAGCCUGCACAUUGCAAACGCAGUUCCAAGUAUGCGUCGAUGGCUUACCAACAGGAACACCGUUGAGUUGCCCGUCCGGAUACAUUUACUCAACAACUGCUGCAAACAUCUGUAUACCGAGAGAUAAUACGAGUGUAGUUGGCGAUUGCGUCGAAUGCCAUAUUUGUGAUGCUUCCCAAACCUUUGCCUGCACUGGUGUUCGUACUUUCGCCCUAUGUCUAGGCACAAAAGCCAUUAGUAAUAUAGUUGGCAGCUACGCGCCCUAUCUUGUGUGUAGUAUCGACUAUCCGCACAUAUGCGGCAAGGAAUCCUUAGGAAUUCCACCAACUUGUCCGAUAGCUGAUGAACUCGCUACCACAGACUAAGGAAGGUCUUAAAUAUUGCCAAUUUUAUGGUUUUUUUAUGUUCAGUUUCAUGCAUUGAAAUAAAUUAUCUAGAACGAAGUGAAAUAGUUGA